GUGGAGCACGUGAAGGCGUCACAGAGCGUCGGUCUGGAGGAGCACAGGAGGCUCACAGCGCUCAGUCCAGCGGAGGAAACACCAGGGCAACUCAUCCCACACCAAACACCGUCUUUGCACCAUGGAGCAGAAACAAACCAUCAACUUUGGCCCCGGACCUGCAAAACUCCCUCAAUCCGUGCUGCUUCAGGCACAGAAGGAGCUCGUCAACUACAAUGGCAUUGGUAUCAGUGUUCUUGAGAUGAGUCACCGAUCGUCGGACUUCAGCAAAAUCCUCAGCUCAACAGAGAGUCUCCUGCGAGAGCUGUUAAAUAUCCCAGACAACUAUAAGGUGAUGUUCCUGCAGGGAGGCGGGUCUGGCCAGUUCAGUGCCGUUCCUCUAAACCUGAUUGGCCUGAAGGAGGACAACUGUGCUGAUUACAUCGUGACUGGCACGUGGUCAGAAAGAGCUGCAAAAGAAGCAGCGAAAUAUGGCAAAGUUAACAUUGUCCACCCCAAGCUGGAUAAAUACACCAAGAUCCCUGACCCCAGCAGCUGGACCCUGAACCCGUCGUCCUCCUUAUUUUACUACGGCUGCAACGAGACGGUCCACGGCGGUGGAUACAACAUCACCCGGAAACAAAACGGGGUGGUCCUGGUCAGCGACAUGUCCUCCAACUUCCUGUCUCGGCCUGUGGACGUGUCCAAGUUUGGGCUGAUUUUUGCCGGCGCUCAGAAGAACGUGGGCUGUGCUGGGGUGACUGUGGUCAUCGUGCGAGAAGACUUGUUAGGCCACGCCCUGAAUGAGUGUCCCAUCGUCCUGGACUACAAGGUGCAGGCCACCAACAACUCCCUGUACAACACACCGCCUUGUUUCAGUAUCUACAUCAUGGGCCUGGUUCUGGAGUGGAUCAAGAACAACGGGGGCACGGCUGCCAUGGAGAAGCUCAACAAGCACAAGUCCUCCAUGAUUUAUGACAUCAUCAACGUCUCUAACGGUUUCUACGCGUGUCCCGUGGACGUGGCGUGUCGAAGCCGCAUGAAUGUGCCGUUUCGUGUGGGGAAGAAAGAGGGAGAUGAAGCCUUGGAAAAGAAGUUUCUAGAUGGGGCAUUGAAACGCGGGAUGAUAUCUCUGAAAGGACACAGGUCAGUUGGAGGAAUUCGUGCCUCUCUGUAUAACGCCGUAACGUUGGAAGAUGCUCAAGCCCUGGCCACCUACAUGAAAGAGUUCCUGAAGGAGCACCAAUAAAACCAGACCAUGCUCACACUCAGCCAGCUGGUCUGUCACACACUGACGGUCAAUCACUUCAGCGUUUUUUAAGCACACCUCUGGUUUAUUUGUAGGUUGGGGUCCAUGGUGGAUCUGUUAGCUCUUUUAGACACAUGUUUUCUAACAUCCACUCAGUGUUGCUAAUAAGCUUUAACUACUGGACAGUAAUAUCUUAGUUCCACCUGUGUCUUUAAUUAAUUAAUGUUGUUACAGAUUUGUUAAUUAACGGUUUUUGAUGUACAUAGAUACUUAUUGUCUGGUCAAAGUAUAUUUACAUUCCAUUAAAUCUAAAGUGGCAUUAUUCGUA